AUGACUCAGGCCUCUACUUCCGUUCUCUCUAAUUCCCCAAAGUUGUUUGAACAGCAGGACGGAUUUGAAGAUAUUCGUGUUUCUAUUGAACGCAUUCAACUCCUGUUAGAACGUGGGGAGACACUUCUGUAUGGUGAGGAGGUACAACGUGAACUCUUUCCCACAUGUGCCUCUCACAAUAAUGCCGCCGUUGCCGCUGGAAAUGGGAAAAACAUAUAUCAACCAGAAGAGAAAAAGAAGAAGCCUCAAUUUAAGCAGAACUCUCCGCAACAACAAAAACUAAUGUAUCAGAAUGGUGGAAGUAAAGUACCACAGCAAGGAAGUUCACCUUUUAAUGCUGAUAUUAUGAAUAAGAAAGAUUAUAUGACACAACGAAGUGUAUUAAGGAGAAAAAAUGCAGAUUCCUUAACCACAACACCACAGCAACAAAGUGUUUCCCCUGGAAAUGGUGAAUUAUCUAAGAGUACCAAUAGUAAAUUAUCAAAAAGUUCAAAUCGCUCUGUUAAGUUAAAGCGACUAGGGAAGGAUAUGCAUGAGUGUGAUGAUGAUGAUCGAGAGGAUAUCUCUAUUGAGGAACUACUCGUGCGUAUUCGUCGAGAAUUGCAGGAAUAUCGCAGCAGGAACAAUCAUUCAUUGCUCCGUAAAUCCCCUAUGGCACCUCACGCCUCGCUCUAA